UCUUCACCAUAUGUACUCUCACUUGGGAUAUUCUUCACAAUUUUCAUAUAAUUAUCAACCCACUUAUGAUCGGGUGUCUUCACAAUCUUCAUAUUACCCCACUUCUCAAAAUAAUUUCUCUUAUGUACCAAGAAGGAGUUACUCCAACUUUACAUCUGAAUUUGCUACACAACAAUCUAAACCUUUAAAAUCGGGUAAACGUAAAUGUCUCUACUGGAGUACAUACGCUAGUCGUAUUAAACAGGGAAAUACUUCUCUGAUUUUACCAGUUCAACGUAAAGGAGGAAAGAAGCGCCUUCGAGGUUUAGUUCAAACCGAUGAUUCCGAUGAUGUCGGAGAUUUUUUUGAAGAAGAAGAUAGAGGAACUCCACCUUCCGAAAAACGAAUGGGAUUAGGUCAAGGUACCGGAAAUGGAGAAGUUUUUGUUGCAAAGCGACAAAGAUUUAGAACCAAACAUAUUUAUCCUUCUCAAAAAGAAUUGGAUCGUAAUGCAGAACAAGAGGAGACUUUGAUUCCAAUACGACUUGAUAUUGAUUUGGACACUCAUAAGUUACGUGAUACUUUUACGUGGAACCUUAAUGAAAUAUUAUGUUAUGAUCUUGAUAUUCCAGCCAAUGAAUUUUUAACACCUAUUGCGGAGUCAAUUCGAAAGCAGGCUCAAGAACAUUAUAAUAUAUUGGAGAGCAGUUUACCCCCAGAAGAUUCUCGAGUCACGAUAAAUCUUGACAUUCAUGUUGGAAGGUUAAACCUUCGUGAUCGAUUUGAAUGGGAUUUAAGCUCAGAUUUGACUCCGGAAGAGUUUAGUAAGACUCUCGCUUCCGAUCUCGGAAUUGGGGGAGAAUUUGUUUCGAUGAUUGCACAUAGCAUUCAUGAACAAAUAUUGAAAUAUAGGAAAGAAAUGAAACUUGACGAUUCAGACAACGAACGAGAACCAUUGAAAUCUAUUUUCCGUUCUUAUGAGAGUGCUGAAGAGUGGUGCCCCGUAUUGGAAAUAUUGACUAACGAGGAAUUAGAAAAGAUUAGGAUAGAUCAAGAGAGAGACAUAAGACGAAUGCGAAGAGCCACCACACGUAAUAAUGUAACACGAAUAAAAUCAACUAGACCUACAAAUUUAAACGGAUUGGGAAUCGAUCAUUCAAUCAAUUCUAAAAUGAGAAAUGAUUCGAAAUUAUCUCCCGAUGAAUUAAAUAUAUGGAGAUGUUUGCAUUGUGGUGUAGAUGGACAUACUACUCCUUUAGUUAGGAGAGGUCCUGAAGGAGGAAAAACACUCUGCAAUGCUUGUGGUUUGGUGUGGUUAAAUAAAGGUGAAUUGCCGUCUCAUCGAAAUUUAAGAAUGCUUCGAUCGUUUACCUCGAAAGCAUUAUCACCAUAUUUUAAGAAAACCGUGAUUACAGAUUUAUUCAACUUCCAAUGUUCACACUUAUCAACUUAUAAUUCACAUAUUGCUGGUUUAACAGACCAACAAAAUGAAUUACGAAAAUCCGUUUAUGAUUUUUGUCAAAAAGAACUUGCUCCUCGAGCAGCAACCAUUGAUAAAGAAAACAAUUUUCCAAUGGCAAGAGUCACUGUUCCCGAGGAAUAUGGUGGUUUGAAUUUAGGUUAUCUCGAACAUACUUUAAUUAUGGAAGAAAUAUCACGUGCAUCAGGGUCCGUAGCGCUUUCUUAUGGUGCACAUUCAAAUCUAUGUGUAAAUCAAAUAGUUCGAAACGCUAGCUCGGGUUCAGAUGUUGUAUCAAUGCGUUUACGUGCAGAAAAGCAAGGAGACAAAUAUGUUUUGAAUGGUAGUAAAAUGUGGAUUACGAAUGGUCCCGAUGCUGAUGUGUUGGUGGUUUACGCGAAAACAGAUCCAUCCUCUCGUUCACGAGGAAUUACCGCAUUUUUGGUUGAAAAGGGAUUCGUAGGAUUUUCUACAUCAGAUAAACUUGAUAAACUUGGUAUGCGUGGUUCGAAUACGUGCGAACUUGUAUUCGAUAAUUGUGAAGUUCCUGUUUCAAAUAUUUUAGGCAAAGAAGGUGAUGGAGUAUAUGUGUUAAUGAGUGGUCUAGAUUUAGAACGACUUGUACUUUCAGGAGGGCCUUUGGGAUUGAUGCAAUCUGCUCUUGACAUUGUUAUUCCAUAUGUGAACACUCGUCAACAAUUUGGCCAACCAAUUGCACAUUUUCAGUUAAUGCAAGGGAAACUUGCAGACAUGUAUACUAAACUGAAUGCAUCUAGAUCAUUUGUAUAUUCAGUUGCUAAAGCUUGUGAUCUUGGCCAUGUUUCUAAUAAGGAUUGUGCCGCAGCUAUAUUAUUUUCUUCCGAACGAGCCGUGGAAGUUGCAUUGGAGUCUAUUCAAUGCUUGGGAGGUAAUGGGUACAUAAAUGAAUAUGACACUGGUCGGAUAUUAAGAGAUGCAAAAUUAUAUGAAAUUGGCGCCGGAACAAAUGAAAUCCGAAGAAUGGUGAUUGCAAGGGAACUUACCAAGGAAUUUGGUGGUUGA